GGGCAGGCUGAGCAGGACGCCGCCGCAAAACACUCUCUCCACCAUGGUGAAGCUCACGCCCACCGCCAUACGUUCUGCCCUUGGCUACCGCCAUCUGCAGGUGAUGCUCAUGUUCCUGGGAGUGACAUUUGCGUAUGCUUUGAGGACAAAUCUUUCAAUUGCCAUUGUCUCUAUGACAGACAAAAACAGCUCAAAUCCAAAUUUUCCGGAAUAUGACUGGGAUCCACAAACACGCAGUACAAUAUUGAGCUCUUUCUUUUGGGGCUAUGUGGUGUUCCAAAUCCCUGCUGGGCAACUAGCAGAAAGGUAUGGUGCCAACAUUUUCUUCUCUAGUGCCCUGUUCAUCACAGGAGCCUUGUCACUUCUCACGCCAGUGGCUGCAGACCUCGGAGAUUGGCCACUUGUCUGUGCAUGCCGAGUCCUCCAGGGUGCCUCCCAGGGAUUCCUGUACCCUUCAAUACACACUCUACUUUCAUUAUGGGUGACACCAGAAGAAAGUGGGCUGUUGGGGACUAUAGUUUAUGCAGGGGCUCAGCUGGGAACAAUCAUAUCUAUGCCUCUCUCUGGAGUCUUGGCUAGCAGCAGUCUUGGCUGGCCUUCUGUCUUUUAUAUAUUUGGUGGAAUUGCAGUAGCUUGGGGUAUCUUAUGUGCGAUUGUUGGAGCCAGUAGCCCAGCGAAACACAAAUUCAUAACUGGUGAAGAGAGAAAAUUCAUUGAAGAAUCUCAUACAAACAGAUCAUCAGAUAAGAGAUAUUCAACCCCUUGGCUUUCUAUUAUUACAUCACCUCCCAUGAUAGCACUCACAAUUGUCCAUGCUUGCCAAUGUUGGGGAUUUUGGACGCUUCUGACAGAAAUGCCAACUUACAUGUCUGACAUCCUUCAGUUUGACAUUUCUAAGAAUGGAUUGCUCUCUGCAUUACCAUACUUGGUGAUGUGGCUGUUGAGUUUUGUUAUGAGCCCUGUCUCAUUCUGGUUGCAGAGGAGAGAAAUUAUAAGUCUGACAGCAUCCAGGAAACUUUUCAAUUCUAUAGCUCAUUAUGGUCCUGCUGCAGCACUUAUUGGCGUAGCAUUAGCCCCUGUGAACAACUCAGACUUGGUGGUUGCACUUCUCACAAUUGCUGUUGGUCUCAAUGCUGGAACUUUUGUAGGCUUCCAAAUAAACCAUGUGGAUCUUUCUCCUAAUUUUGCUGGAACUCUGAUGGGAAUAACCAAUGGGCUUGGAAACAUCAUGUCUAUUGUAGGCCCACUUGUGGUUGGAGUCAUUCUUGGCACUGAGAGCACCAGAGAAAAGUGGCAAAUAGUUUUCUAUAUUGCUUCGGGUAUAUAUCUUUUUGGAAACACAAUUUUUGUUAUCUUUGGAAGUGCAGUAGUGCAGCCUUGGAAUGAGCCAAAGAAAAGUAAAGAAAACGCUGAGUCAGCCCCCACUGAAAAGGCGUAAUGCGGAGGAUGUACUGCUUCAGUAAAAGAAGUUACUGAUGGAUCUUGAUGAAGUGAUGUCAUCAACAGUUUAUUGUAUCACCAGCUGACACUGAAAAUGAUAUUACUGACAUUUUUAAGCUAGUGAAGCAAAAACAGUGUUACAAUGACAGUUGAGUCAGCAAAAUGACUUUGUGUGCCACGACUAGUUGUGGUGAACAAGCAAAUAUCAUUAUAAAAGCACCAGUACUGAAUCUCAUCAGCAUAACAUCAAAAUUUAUUUUGCAGAAGAUAAACUGAAAGGGAAAAAUAAUAAAGUGUACACAGUCAUGAUUGGAUUUGAACUCUUAUUUCCUGAUGAAAACUGUUUAACUUCAAACACUCAAGACUUGGUACAACUGUUUUGUUAUGUUGUCAGUCUGAUUGCUGCCUGCAUUUUAUAAACAUAAAUACAUAAAAUAUAUCAUACAUCAGAAUUUUACCUCCUUUUAUUGUAACAUGGGCAACAUAUUCAGCUGAAAAGAUAAAAAUGUACAAACAAUGUAACAAUAGGGUUAUGGAGUUUGAGGUGCACAAUUAUUUAUGUGAAAGAAGAUGAACAAACAUGAAAUUAGUACUGUGUGCUUUAGCAUCACAUCAAUUAUUAAAAGAAUAUAACAGCAGUGAUUCAAAUGUUUAAUGUAAUCUGGAAAACAUUUUGUGUAAGUAUAUUGACAGUUUCUCAUACUGGAUAUGAGAAAACAUGUGCUCAUAUUUCAAAUAUAGUUUCUAACAGAAUAAGUAUUUUACUUUCUUCUGGUGUAGAACUGAAAUACUGGCAGAAUAGUUUUACUGAUAUGAAAUGUACAUAUCAGCUGUAAAUUAUUCUUCACUUCAUAUAGUAAAUUUUAAAUUAUACUGUGUCAUUCUAUUUUUUUGAAAAACUGAUUAACCUUUUUUUUAAAACUUAAGGUAUAAAGUCUAAUUUUAUAUAGUUAGAGAAAGAUUCCACUUAUCAAGUUAUGAAAUUAUAAAAAUUUUAGGGGAGAAAGAUUUCAAGACAUAAAUUUUUUGGGUCAUGGAAAUUUUAGUCAUAUGUUCCAGGAAGCUUUCCUCUACAUCUCAUAAUUUCACCUAUGGUAUUUCUAUCAGAUAAAGUUGCAAAUAUAGUAAGGAAAGUUAUGGCAGAAUGUUAUAAGCUCUCCUGAAUAAUUAGGUGGGAUUUGUGUGUUGCUGGUGAACUCUAGUUUACUUUCUAGUAAACCAGAGUUUACUGCUGACUCUUUCUAAGACACUAUCAUUAACAGUAUUUUCAGCCUGUACCAGUUGGGUAUGUUCUGAAACAACUAGUCUCUCAAAUGAACUACUGUAAGUAGUCUUGUAAAAAUUGUUCCUGUUUUGUAAAAUAUAUGCAAUUUGU